AGGAAAGAACAAGAGCGGUCUGAUAUUGAUCCAAUUGUUAUACCAGAAAAAAUUUUAGACGGUCCGAUUCAGUUGCAAAACAGUCACCACUUAGUCCUCGGAACUCAAAGCCACUUGCUCUUCUGAGAUUUCUGUCAAAUGCAUAAAGUUAAUGUUGAAACAAGCGAUUGGGCUAGAAAUAUUCCCUGUCAUGGACUUUCGCACGUUUAACAUGAUAAACAAAAAUAUUUAUGAAACUCUGUAUACAAAACGCAUUAUCUUUUUUUUUACGAAGUCGAUAGUAACGUAUAAGGCGCGUUCUGUGUGAUGCAAUUAAACAACCCCGGACUAUUUUAAGUUCUCCAAUAAGAGAUGACUUUGAAAUGUAUAUAUAAGUUGCCUUGGUUAAACUCUUCUACUCUUUUUUCUUC